AUGGCGUUACCCUUACCGACCGGUCUGACACCUCUCGAAGUUGCAUUUCUCUGCGAGAUGGAGAUGGUGACGGUUGUACCUCGACAACGGCUAGAGGGUCUAAAGUUACUGGGGGGCGCCAUACCAACUCUUCGACCGCCCCUCCAAGCACCUCUUCCCCUAUGGCUCGCGCUGCUUCUCAAGCGUCAAGGCCGCGCCAACAUUCUCCCGCCGCCAUGGCUCCUCGCGCCAUCUCUCCAGCAGAUUCUGAGCUAUGAGACGGAGGUAUCACCGCUAACUUUCUCUCCACCGCCUCCACAUCCGUAUCCAGUCUCUGCAUAUUCUGCCUCGACCGACCGCAUCUCUCCGCCCUUCCUUCCCUCGUCAACUGUCAACGCCUCACCCGACCAUCUACCCUAUCACUGGCUCGAGUUGGGCGAAAUCUUACUCGAGGCAUGUAGCGAAGAUAUACCCGAUUCAGAAGUGGUGCGUGGCCUGCUUCGAGAUCUUCGCGAAGUACGAAUGGCCAAGAUGCGAAGUAGUAUCAAAGAGCUAGACAGCGGCGGAAUCAAUAGUCUACGGGGGGUUGGAUCCAUGGAGGUUGCGCAGGGUCGAGCUUUCAUUACCGGUGUCAUGGAUGGUCUGCGAAAGAUUGGACAGAGUCGGGAAGUUGCACGACGCGAAAGGGAGGAAGAAGAAGGAGAAGCAGAGCUCGGCUCGGAAAGCGAUACGGAAAUGAUCUAA